AGCAUAUGGAAAAGCUUAAUGUUACACUGCUGACACUAGCAGUGAUUUCUCGACCAUAAUCACCAUUCACGUCGGAAUUAAGCCUGACCGCAAGACCUUCAUGCUGCACAGCCAUGUUCUACGUAGCAGCUCCAAUCACUUGGCCAUCGCAAUAGCUCUGCAAGGUGCAGCCGCCGAAAAGCCAAUCAACCUUCCAGACGUUGCAGUCGAGGAUUUUAUUGUCUAUGCGAAGUUUCUGUACACAGGCCUGAUGUUCACGAGGGAGCCUAAUAUCGCAGAACUCACAAGGUGUCUGCAUUUGUACAAAGUGGCAAGGCACCUAGAAGCUACAGACUUUCAGGACGCUAUAGUUGACGCUCUCAUGGAGAAUAUACUCGAGUUCCGUGCUCUCAAAGGGCAAUGCCGCUUCACAGCAAGCCAGAUUGCGACCAUUUACUCCAUGACCGAAGAAGGCUCGUCAUUACGAAGAUUCGCACAGGACCUGUGUCUACAUUCAAAGGGACCCCAUGGUUUUGAAAAGAACCGGCUGAAGGAUUUCCUGAUCGCGUUCCAACUCGAUCUCCUCACAGCUGCAGCUCCUUUUAUCACCUCGUCCGCCAAAUCGACCGACAUGCAAGAUCCGCUAGACCUCGACAAGUCCUGCAGAUAUCAUGAACACACCACUGUCGGGGUGCCUUGUUACAAGAUCAGAUAUCAGUUCAUGCCAGAUGAUCCAAUUUUUGUUACGGCAAACGUAUCAGCAGAGCACUUCCCAGUUGCCGCUAGACAGGAGACUGAACGUCCAGCGAGCGCUGACUUCGAGCUAAGGGUCUGACACGGCGAUAUUCUGCCCUCGAUGAUUAGACUGUGUACGUAAUGCAAAUGAGUUACCAGUCCAUUACGCUGCAAGGCAUAGUGAGCAUGGUUGUGACUUCGUUGGGC